AUGGCAAAAGCAGCUCCACCAGUACGCAUGAGGGCUAAGGGGAAGCCUGCAGAUGCUCCUACAAAGAUGGUGAAGAAGUCUUUGAAGACCAAAGAGAAAAAGGCCAAAGCUCAAAAGAUGUCAAAGAAGGACAUCAAGGCACUGAGGAAAAGAAAGAAGGAAGAGAAGGCAAAGGCCAAAGAGAAGAAGGCACAGAAAGAAGACAAGACGCCUCAACCGAAGAAGGCAAAGAAAGAAAACCAGACGCCUGAAGCGAAGAAGGCAAAGAAAGAAGCCCAGACGGCAGAAGAACAGAAGGCAAAGAAAGAAGGAUACAAGAUACCAAAAGAGAAGAAGAAGAAGGCAAAGAAAGAAGAGGAUAUGCCACCAGAGAAGAAGGCAAGGAAAGAAGAGAAGAAGGCAUCAGAGAAGAAGGCAAAGGAUGAGGAGGAUAUGCCGCCAGAGAAGAUUGCAAAGAAAGAAGAGAAGAAGGCCUCAGAGAAGAAGGCAAAGGAUGAGAAGCACAAGAAGGCAAGUAAAGAGGAGAAGGCGAAGAAACAAGACGACAAGAAGGCAUCCAAAAAGGAAGAGAAGAAGAAUAAGAAGAACCGGAAAGACAACGAAGGUGAACGUGAUGGGAAGGAGAAGAACCAGAAGAAACAAGGCAAUGAUGGCAAGAGUCAAAGCUCCACCCCCAAGACUCCCGUGCCAGCGCCCUCUACACCUGUGAACAGGAAUGCAGCUUUGGCAGCAGACUCGCAUCUGGACAAGGACAUGUUUGAAUACGACCUCGACUUUCCCGGCGACGAAGAGGAGAUUUGGUGGUACGUGGAGCAGGGGGGAGAGGUGUCAAAGGAGACAAAAGUUGAGGAGAACAUGGGAGUCAAAGUCAAAGACAAAAACCCAAACCAGGAGAUGCUCCUUGCUUUGACAGAGGAAGGACCUCUUGCAUCGGGCGCCUGUCCCAGCAUUGGGACUGUUGGGGAAAAGGGUCAGAAGGCAUUGCACGAGGCCAUCAACCAACAAAGCAGCAAACCGCCAAAGAAACCUAAGAAGGAAAAAGAAGAGAAGACAGGAAAGGAAGCAGCGCAAGAACAGAAAGGAGAGAUCUUGAAGCAAGCAGCAGAAGCUCGAAAGCACGCUAUUGCUUUGAAGCAAUGCAACUACUCAGGAGAGCUUGUGGCAGGUCUUAUGAGCUUCUCUUCAAAAAUGGAAACAAUUUUUGAGAAGUUGACAGCGUUGCUGAAAGAAGGAAACGAAGAUGAGGAAAGGUACAACAAGAUUCUCACCGCAGCUGGUCACCAAAUGGAAUGGUACAAGCAAGCGGAG